ACCAGAAAAAUAAAAAUAAGGAUCUAAGAGACGAGGGUUUUACGCUCCAAGACCUCUCGCGAAGGUACUCGGUGCCGAAACCCUAAUACCCGGUUGUCGCCGUCCACCGUCUCACUCCCCAGGAAGAGGAGGAAGGCCCGUCUCUCAUCGUAGCCAUGCACGCCCCAGUCCUCGUUCUCAAAGAUUCUUUAAAACGGGAAUCUGGAAGCAAGGUUCAUCAUGCUAACAUCCAAGCCUCCAAGGCUGUGGCUGACAUAAUUCGAACUACUUUGGGUCCUCGAUCUAUGCUUAAGAUGCUGCUUGAUGCUGCUGGAGGGAUUGUGGUUACUAAUGACGGAAAUGCUAUACUACGUGAGCUUGAUCUUGCUCACCCAGCUGCCAAGUCAAUGAUUGAACUGAGCCGCACACAGGAUGAGGAAGUUGGAGAUGGCACAACAUCUGUUAUUGUACUAGCUGGUGAGAUGCUCCAUGUUGCUGCUACUUUCAUUGACAAGAACUACCAUCCUACUGUGAUAUGUCGAGCAUAUAAUAAAGCUCUCGAAGAUUCUAUUGCCGUUCUGGACAAGAUUGCAAUGCCUAUUGAUGUCACUGACCGUGCCACGAUGCUGGGCCUUGUCAAAAGUUGUAUAGGCACAAAAUUUACUGGACAAUUUGGGGACCUAAUUGCUGAUCUUGCCAUUGAUGCUACAACCACAGUUGGUGUGGACCUUGGCCAAGGUCUACGUGAGGUUGAUAUUAAAAAAUAUAUAAAAGUUGAGAAGGUUCCUGGAGGGCAGCUGGAAGAUUCCAAGGUUCUUAAGGGAGUUAUGAUUAAUAAGGAUGUUGUUGCACCUGGAAAAAUGAGGAGAAAGAUAUUGAACCCACGCAUUAUUCUCCUUGAUUGCCCCCUUGAGUAUAAGAAAGGAGAAAACCAAACUAAUGCCGAGUUGGUCAAGGAAGAAGACUGGGAAGUUCUGCUAAAGAUGGAGGAGGAGUAUAUACAGAAUCUGUGCAUGCAGAUACUGAAGUUUAAACCUGACUUGGUCAUUACAGAAAAGGGGCUCAGUGAUCUUGCAUGUCAUUACCUCAGCAAGGCCGGAGUCAGUGCCAUCCGGAGAUUGAGAAAGACUGACAAUAACAGGAUUGCAAAGGCUUGUGGUGCUGUUGUCGUCAACAGGCCGGAGGAGUUACAAGAAUCUGAUAUUGGAACCGGAGCAGGGCUAUUUGAAAUCAAGAAGUUUGGUGAUGAGUUUUUUGCAUUUAUUGUUGAUUGCAAAGAUCCAAAAGCCUGUACUGUCCUUUUGAGAGGUGCCAGCAAGGAUCUUUUGAAUGAGGUUGAGAGGAACCUGCAGGAUGCUAUGUCAGUGGCCCGAAACAUCUUGAAAAAUCCAAAGCUUCUUCCUGGUGGUGGUGCAACCGAGUUAACAGUAUCGGCUGCACUAAAACAGAAGAGUUCAUCAAUUGAAGGGAUAGAAAAGUGGCCCUAUGAAGCUGCUGCUGUAGCUUUUGAGGCGAUCCCACGAACCUUGGCUCAGAAUUGCGGGGUGAAUGUCAUUCGAACAAUGACUGCCCUCCAGGGAAAGCAUGCUAAUGCCGGAAAUGAAUGGGUCGGCAUUGAUGGAAAUACUGGUGACAUUGUUGAUAUGAAAGAGCGGAAGAUAUGGGACUCCUACAAUGUAAAGGCCCAAACUUUUAAGACGGCCAUCGAGGCUGCUUGCAUGCUUUUGAGGAUUGAUGACAUUGUGAGUGGGAUCAAGAAGAAGCAGGCUCCUGGGGCUGGCCCAACUCCAUCUAAGCCUAAGAUAGAGGAGGAAGGAGAUGCAGACAACGAGCAGAUCCUACCGGAUUAGAAAGCCCAGAGGAUGUGUGGUUUUAUGUCACUUGCAGGAUUGUUUUGAACCCAUGGGUACUUGAGUUCGUUCCCGGGUGGUUGAUGAUGUUUUCUGUGCCUCGAGGGGCAUCCCUUCAUGCUGUAUUUGUUUGAGAAAUUUUGUUUAAACCUGGGAAGUUGGGUGUUACCUUUUGUUAUGGCUAACCCUUUAUUUAUGCACUGUAACAGAAGGUAAAAAAUUGUUUUAGAUCGAGUGGGAUCUUUUUGUUUUUGUUUUCCUUCAGAAUGCUGUCAACUUUGUGCAUGGCUGAAACAGAAAAACCAAAGAAAUAGGGAUUGUGGAAA